AAGAAGAGCAAGUAAUUUAAUUUUUGUUUCAAACCGCUUUGGUUUCGGUGUUAUCAAAGCGGUUUGUUUCCCAAAUAAUAUUCUUCCACCACAAUGGCAACGAUUGGAAAUUCUGGUCAUCCAUUGAAGUGGUUUAAGGACCAGAAUGCGGCCAGAAAUUUGUGGGAAUGUGCAAUAUGUCUUGAGGUUUUAAAAGACCCUGUGCAAAUACGAGAUUGCGGACAUCAAUUUUGUGAGCUCUGUAUUGAAGAUAUUCUCAAGGUUGAUCCUCGAUGCCCUACAUGUAGAAUUGACAUAUCAGGUGCCAAGAUAUUUGAAGAUCAAGCUGCAAGGAGAAUGAUCAAUCAACUUGAUGUAAAUUGUUGUAAUGAAGGAUGUAGCUGGAUGGGGUGUUUAACCUCUUUACUACAGGAUCAUCAAAAUGCCUGCAAAUUUUUGAUCCGCAGUGCUGACAAUGUCAAUCAACUUGAUGUUGGCAAACUUGAGAAAAAACUUGAAACUCUCAUGAUGAACGUUUUUACCUUGGAAAAACAAGAAAAGAAGCAUGAAGAAGAUAUUAAAGAACUGAAAUUGAAGCAUGAAACUGAGUUGAAGAAAGUUCAGGAAAAGCAUGAAACUGAGUUGAAGAAGGUUCAGGAAAAGUAUGAAAAUGAUUUGAAACAGAUCCAUUUGAAGCAUGACGAAGACGUAAGAAUUCUUCGGCAUGAGAUCUUAGCAACUGCCCAUGCUCCAUCCUUGUCCAAGGUGCCUUUACAGGAGGCUGAACCAGCAUAUACUUGGAAAAUAGCAAACUUCACAAGGAAGCUUGCUAGAGCAAUAUCCGACAACGAUUGUGGUGAUCUGGAGAGUGAACCAUUUUUUUCUAGCCUUGGUUACAAAUUGAAAGUCUUGGUUUAUCUGAACGAAGGUCCGCGUGACAGAUCGGGAUACAUGGGAAUUUACCUCAUAUUAGUGAAAGGUGAUCGUGAUGGAACUCUUCCUUGGCCUUUCACAAAGAAAACUACGUUUAUUCUUGUUGAUCAGCAAGAUGACAUAGCGCAAAGACAAAACGUUGAACACAUUAUGGUCCCAGAGGGCGAAAAACAGUUUAAGAGACCAAGACAACGCGAGAAUGAAGGUUGUGGGACGAGUAACUUUAUCAAACAUUCAACUCUACGUUCUCGUCAAUACAUCAGAGACCACGCUGUGUUUAUCAAGAUCGUCGUUGAGCCAUAAAUUGCCAUAACGAUAACUGUAUUUGGCGGACUGAGAAAUCAGUUGUCUAGUACUGAUUUUCUUAACGAUAACAACAGUUAAAAAUACAAUUAAAUAGAGUUACGUUAAUGUGAGAUUAAAUUUUACAAUUACGGUUUGUUGCCAUGCAUUUGUAAAAUCGACGCAGAAAAAACUCUUUAUUAAUACCAGCGAUGAUCCUAUAUUUCCUUUUAAUCCUAUAUUCCCUUUCAGAGUCGUUAUUGUCAAUUUCGUACCUACACGUUUUUUAAGGUAGAAUAAUCCUGAAAAAAAUUUUUUUUUCUAGAAUUUUGAUAUUUUUCAGACAUGUUGUAUUAUUACUCUUUGAACCAUAACAAAGCUAGAAUCAGCAUCAAACUAUACUAUUUGC